AUGUGUUGGGAAUUCGAGUUGCAUUUGAAGAAUAGUAUGAUUCUUCUUGUCCGGUAUGCUGCUAAUAAAGCCUUUAUAUCAGAUAGCGAGGUCUGUAAAUCAAAAGAACAAUAUGAUUUAAAAUUGGAUUCUCAAUCUGAGCUAGCAUCUGGUUAUGCUGAAGUAGAAGAUGAUGUGACAUCUUUUGAUAGUCAGAGACUUAAGGAUCCAGAAGUCGUUAGUCAUUCUUAUUUGCCUAGGUCUUGUUUCCCUCACGUCACAAAUCAUAAUAAUCCUCAUCCUCUGCAGCAUGGUGAACCUUGUACUGUUGUUAAUGCUGGUUCUUUAGCCACAGUUAAUGAGGUUGGGUAUGAACCAAAAUUACAUGAAUCUAAAGCUUUAUGCAAUGGCUAUUCUGAGAAAUUGGACAGCACCAGCUCAUUGCUGCAUGAUGAAAGGAAUGAUCAUCACAUUGGAAAAUUAAUGAGUAAAACAGUUAAUAUAGGAAAUGAUGCUGCUACAACAGAUAAUGGUGAGAGUAGUAUAAUUUCAAAUAUAUUGUUCAUGGAGUUUGAUGCCUGGGAUGAUUUGGCGAAGCUGUUAAGUGACAGCACCGAAAAUCAGAAUGGUCCUCUAAAGAAAUCUAGUUCUUGGAAUGUUCAAACCAAUCAAUCAAGAUUUUCUUUUGCAAGACAAGAGGAAUCCAAAAACCAAGCCUUUGAUAUGAAUCCAUCUCAUGGUGCCAACCAACAAUUACUCAGAAGCCGCUCACUCUUCCAAGAUUUUGUGGAAACAACAGACAUGUCUUUGGACAAGGUGGGUAUUGCAUAUGGCUUUCCCACCAAUAACAUUGAGGAAUCUGAAAAUCUAGGCAGUGGUCAGUUUGUUGCUUCUUCCAAUAAGCUUUCUGCUAACUCAAAACCACAAAUUACGCCCAUGUGCUACCAUUGUUCCUUCGUUACUGCCCUGUAUAAACAGAAAGAACUACCCUGCAUAUAUCAUAACAAAAACAAACACAGAAAACGCAACAGUUUGAUGCAUUAA